AUGACUGCUUCAACAACCACUGCUGCACCGACAACAACUGUACCAACCACAGGUGCACCAACAACAGCUGCUCCAACAACAGCUGCACCAACAACAGCUGCUCCAUCCACCGCUGCUCCAACAACUGCUUACAGCUGCACCGACAACAGCUGCACCAACAACAGCUGCGCCAACAACUGCUGCUCCAACAACAGCGGCAACAACAACUGCUGCACCAACAACUGCUGCUCCAACCACUGCUCUGCACCAACAACAGCUGCACCAAUCACAGCUGCUCCAACAACAGCUGCACCAACCACAACUGCACCAACAACUGCUCCAACAACAGCUGCACCAACAACUGCUGCUCCA